GGCGGUUGCGUAUUGAAUGCGCGUGCGCCACCGGAAAACCAUUGCCUACGGUUUGAAGGGAGGUAUCGGAUUGCCCCCAGAUCUUAAAGCACUAUUUUGUUCCAUAUAAGUCAUGAUGCCUAGAAGAGCAGGGGCAAAGCACACAACAGGAACUGAGUCAAAGCAAGAGAGCAAAUCUCAACAGUGCAAAAAAACUGGAAAAAGGAAGAGUGAUAAUGGAGAUACUGAGGAGUCAGAGAAAGAGGUACAUUCAACCAAACAAAUGAAGAAACAAUCAGAGAAUCCAGGACAACAUUUGCAAGAAACUGGGAAAAAUACAAAUAUGAAAAAGAAAACCCUCAAAAAUAAAGUAACAUGGCAACUUCUCUCAAAAGAUAAAGAAUAUUUUGAGGCUAUGAUGGAUUCUAUGAUACAAUCUGUUUUGAGAGCUGAAGUAAAAGAAAAGGAAAACACUCAAAUUCAUCUUAACUGCUUAAAGGAAAGAUUUCUUCAGUUGUGUGAAACCCAUAAAGUCUCUCUGGGCGAGUGGAACAGUCUAAAGGAAGUGUCAAAUCUCUAUCUGAAGGAAAUGGAAACUCUUGAGGCCAAUGAAGAAGACCUGGAGUUAUUGCAGAAAGAAGCUGAAAAAGAAGUGAAAGCCACAGAAUUAAUAAAUGAGAACAUUCAGAACCUUCAGGAUAAAAUUCGGACUCUUGAGAGUGAAUUGGAGGAGGAAGAGGAAAAGGCUAAACAGGUGCUUCAGAUAGAUGGUUCCAAGGCCCUUUCUCUUCCAGAACUCCCCAAGAAAAGCAUUAAAGCCCCAAUACUUCAUGAGGAAAUUUUGAAGAGGAUUCCAAAUCAGAAAGAUAUUCUAAAGGAUCUGAACGUCAUGAAUAAUUCAGCAGAGAUGAAGAACAUGUUAACUUUCAUAAAAGAAGCCUAUAAGAAGCUGGAUGCCUCCUGAGUUCUUGUACUGUAUAAUCAUGGACAAGUUAACAUUUAUAAAUCAGUAAAAAUGAUUGUUACCUUUAAUGUUCUUUAGAUAUUGUAGAUGAUAAGACCAUCAUGGGAAUUACAAAUCCCCCAUUCAUCACACCUUUUAAAAAAUAGGCAUCCACCAACUGAAAAUCCAGAGGCCCUGGAUCAGAAAUGAUUAAGUCUAGGUGCUGUAGUCUUCCCAUUCCACAUCUUUCUGAUGUGUGCCUUAGUACUGGACACCCAAAAACAAAGCUUUAUUUGGCUGUUGUGGCUUUUCUGGAACCUGAGUUUCAGCUCAGUGUAGCUCAGUGCUGUUUAAUUGAAGGAUCAAUCAAAUAAAACAGAUAAGAUACAGGACAAUUAAUAUGUACCUUUAAAAACUGACUAUUUUCAAUGGCUGGUCACUUAGAACUGGAGGAACUACCCUCUUUUUUUUUUUUUUUAAUCUCUUGUUUCAGUGCUGUUUUCCUCCCUCUGACAACUUCCCAGCCUUCCUCCAAUGAUCUGUCUCAGUUUUUACUGAUCAUCCAUGUUUUUGGUAAACUGGAGAUACCAGGGGAUUUAUAAACUGACUGUAUGUCUAAAGAGAUGUCUAACGGCAUCAAUAUUUUAUUUCUGCGAGCGUGUAGAUACUGAAACAUUUUUCUCCCUAAAGAUUAUCACGAAGGCAUGAUUGUGUCCCAGAAGACUGAUUACUAAAGAAAUGCAUGUGUACUAUGUCCCCUUAGAGUAUUGACUCAAAAAUAACCUAACACUUCAAUACCUAAGGCCUGUUUUUUAAAUUUUUUUUUUGUAAAAAAUUUUGGCUUAUUGGUGACAGUGUGCAUAUAUUCAUGUUGAUAUAUCACUGAAGUGGUUCAGUUUCUAAGCUAUUUGAAGUAAUAGUUAUAUAAUUGGCUAUCAAGUGAAAUAAGUUCUUUGGGAAAAUCAGGGUUUUGGGUUUUUAUUUGUCUAUGAACUAAAAUAUUAACAUGUAAUUCAUUCUCUUUCUACUGUGUAUUUCUACAUCAAUUAAUAUAAAAGCUAUGCCUUAUUAUUUAAAAUCAUAAAUGCUUAAAAUAGGAAGUGACCUUGAAACUCAAUCUAAUUCCCCAAUUUACAGAUUAGAAAAAAAAGAUGUCAUAUGAAAAAAAUUUGAGUACUCUUCACAGUACUCAAAUUUGAGUAAAAUUCACAAACAAAUUUGUGAACUGAAGUUGGAGUAAGAAAGUAGGUGGUAACCACAGGCAAAGAGUUAAAGUCUCUGAGCCUCAGUUAAAUGGGGAUAGUAAUACCUGUAGAACCUCUUUGACAAAGUUGUGAAGAUCACUGACAUUAGAUGCCCAGCUAAAGUUCUGAGUCCAUCUGAGAACAGACAAUGUAAUCAUGUAUGACUACAAAGCUGCAAUCAAAAUGUGGACAUAUUAGAGGAGAUAUAGCAUAAUUCUAUGGGGGUUGCUCAUGCCUCAGAAAAGUAUUACAUAGAGAAGAACAUAAAAACCCACUUCAAAAAAGAGCUUGACAAAAAGUACCACCCCACCUGGCACUUAUUGUGGGGACUACUUUGGCAGUUAUGUGAUGCAUGAGACUAAACACUUCUACUGGGUCAAAUUUCUAUUUUUCUAUUCAAGACAAGAAGCAUUUAUUAAAGACCAGGUACUGUGCUCGGCUCUGAAGAUAAAAAGGAAGGCAAAAAGAAGUGCAAUUAUUUACAAGUGGUAUAUACAGGAUAAAUUAGAGAUAAUCAUAGAGAAGGCAGUAGCAUUAAGGAAGAUAGGGAAAGGCUGCUUGUAGGUGUAUGAGACUUCAAGGAAGGUAAGAGGUGGACACUAGGAAGGAGAGGAUGCUUGGCCUGGAAGACAGCCAAUGAAAAUGCAAAAUUGAGAGAUGAAGUAUGGUCUAUUAACAGCAAGGAGGCCAGUAUUGUAUUUUAGAGUGCUUGCUGGGGAAUCAAGUAUAAAAGACAGGAAAGGUAAAGGACCAGGUAUUGAGAGAGAGCCUUUAAAAGUCAAGUAGCAUUUUCUAUUUGAUUCUGGAAGUAAUGGAAGGUUGCUGAAGUUUAAUUAGAAUGUUACCUUGCUAUAAAGUCUGGUUAGAGCAUCAACCCAUCCAAAUAAUGAGGACUGUAGCAUUAGUACUCUGAAUACUGGAGACAAAUCUUCAGCCUUCCCAUGGGAACACCUCCAACUUUAAUCCUUUGCUGUAUUAUAUAAGAUAUCUUAUGUACUAGUUUGUUGUGGUUACAAACAAUUAAUAGUUUAUAUCUUACCUUUUUAUUCCACACUACAUCUUUUCUUCCCCUUCAAAAAAAAGUAGUUUUAAAAGUAAACCCAUUGGAGAUGUGUUAAACAUUGUGAUGUUAAGAUGGAAAUGAGUAUAAACUUUAAAAAA